UACUUCAUCUGCAUUUCCAAUCGUUCGUUCUUUUACAGAAACCUGUUAUAUUGACACAGGGUAAAUUUCUUGUCAGGCGGUAACGAUGAUUUCGUCUAUAUUUUUAGCACACAUAUCUCCUUAUCAUUUUAAUGUCACAUGUUACAUUACCGACAUAUCAUAGAAUAACAUUACGAAAUUAAUAGUGGUUAGAAUUAAAAUAAUCUCCGUGAAAUUAAGAAUAUGAUGUAUAGUAGAACAGGAUACAUCUAACGAGUCAUCAACUCAUCACAGAUCUUAUAAUUACAAAUAAAAGAAAGAAUUUCAUUUCCUUAUACAUAAUAUUUGUACGUCAAUUUUACAAAUUCUCAUUUGAGAGAAUAAACAAUUGAUUGGGACGGUUAGUGACAGAAACAUGAGUGAAGAUAUAAAAUGCUCUCAAUACGAUGUUAAACAAAAUAAAAUAUUGUCACACGUUUUCCCUUUGCAAGCAUCUGGACGAUGUCAGUCUAUCAAAGAAAAUAACGUGACGCAUACGAUAUGCAAGGAACAAGAUUACUUGAAUGAAAGAAAUAUUUUCAAUAUAUUCCAUUUUCUGCUCUCUCAUGUGAUCAUUCAUCAACCAGCAGAUCCUAUCCAAUACUUGUAUGAAUUGCUCGAUGAUUUUAUAUUAUUUAGAUCGGGGCUCAAAGAGCCACGAUUACUUUGGACAGAAAAGCAUCUUAAUGCGAUAUUCGAAAAUAUUCUUUUCCAUGAUUCUGAAUUUUUACCUUUGGAUGGUUUUAAAACUGCUAUGAAAACGAUGGGCGUGCGUUCUUACGAUCCAUGUCCGGAUCAGCUUGUCCGAGGAUAUGUAGAUCGGCAAACUUUUUGUACGGAAGCAUCGAAUAGCAUGAAAAAUGAAUUGUUGCAUAUGGCGACCGAAACCAGUCGACGUACAUAGGCGUGAAGCAGAAUAACUUAUAAUUCCUUUGCAUAUUGUAUACUUUAUCACAAGACGUAUAUAUUUUAUGUCUAUUCAUUAUUAAAUAUAUACAGUGGUUCACGAAAAUAUUCGAACACUUAUCAUGGAAAAUUUUUAUGAUAUAUUAAUUAAUAGAAAUUUUCUAUAUAUAUUAUGUGUGUUAUACAAAACAUUUUGAAAUUUCAUUAGCAAUGUAUUGAGAUUCGAUCUCAUGAUUAUAUACUGAUAAAAUUUGAAAGAAAUCUAAAAAUGUGUAUACAAACUACAAAAUAUUUAGCGCAAAUAUACGUUUCUUAAAAAUCACAAAGAUGUUUAAACAAUGAAAUAUUCAUUAUAUUAAUAAACCUCGAUAUUCAGCGGAAUCAUCUUUAUAUGUUUAAGAUGUUUGUAGUAAAUGUCUUGCAAUUUCUAUAUGUAUUUUCACGUUGAUUUCAAUAUCCAAUGUAAACAUAGUAAUAGUCAUAUCAUAAAAGUUUUCUACAGUAAAUGUUCAAAUAUUUUUGUGAGCUACUGUAUUAUUACGAUGCAAAUUUUAUUUAUAUGCGUAGAAAAAAAUGAAUUUCUUUUGGUAAUAAAUACGAUCAACGAUAUGUUCUUGUAUCACGUCGAAAAAGUAUAGAAACGAAAGGAAACGAAAACGAGACGAGACGAGAACAGAAACAUGACAAAGCCACUCGAAGAACCAACCAGAGAGAGGAGAGAAGGGUGAGAGUCAACAGACGAAGCGAGUCGAGGUAAAACGAGUCGACUCGAGUCGAAGUGGACUCUAACGAGCAUGGUAAAGAACGUCAGGCUAGAGAGAAAGUGAGUGAGCGUGCGUGCAUGCGAGCAAGCGAGCGCGCAACCAAACGAUAUAGUUCGAAAUAGUUGUGCACAAGUUGUGUAAACGGUGUGGCACGCGUAGCUGAUCAAACCGAUCGAGAUUUGCGUGUGGUUUAACUUCGCCGUACUAUAACAUCGCCUUGUGAUCAAACCUUUCUACUUUCAACGCAUUCAAUGGUAACAAGCAUGAUCCUUCGAAUUUCCUCCGUCGUGUUCCUCGUGCGUACACCAUUACACGAUCGUUCGACGAAGAAUACGCAGUGUAGAAACCAGAGCAAGUAGUUUACACCAGUGAGCGCAAUCUAAGGACAUUCGUGAUUUAUUUUGUCUUUGAAUUCUUUAACGCUAAACUAUUACUACAUCGUUAUGCCAUUCGCAUUUCUAACAACGAUGGUUAAUCUGAAAUCAAGUAUUGUGCUUUCCUGUAACAGCGACGAAAUUAUAUUA